GAUUACAGCCAAGGUUUCAGAAUGGAAUGUUAAAGUUCAGUUCAGUCCUUAUGGCUCAAAGGUAGAAAACAAGAUUCUACUCAUUGUACUAGACAUCAAUCAGUAGACAUGAAAAUCGUUCUCUUGUCAAGUACCUCCAUUUCUUUAAAAGCAAAGCAGAGUUGUAAAUUUUUUGUUUCAAAGACUGACCUCAUCUAUUUACUCCUGUUUCCUUAUCAGCAAGUCAGAGACCAUUAUCAAGGUCAUACACGCAUACAACAGGAUUUUCUCUGGCAAACAAACCACAUCAAAUAUUAAGUGUUUCACAGUGUUCUUAGCAGAAGCUGGUUGGUCUGUUGGACACUCUUGCCGUCUUCUUUUCUCAUCAUCGGAACCUUUAAGAAUCCGGAACAGGUCAGAGCUUGAAUAAACAGGACAGAUUUGAAAUGGCCAAGAUGACAUUUGAUUGGUCAAACUUUACCCUCCAUCUGGAGGACUCUCUGACUGGGGCUAUGGGCCGCUAUCUUGACAACUGGCGUCGGAACACCUCUGAAGCUGAGCAGACACUGGAGAAAAUACUGGCAGAGGAGAACUUCAGAAACGUGAUCUGGUACCUGAUAGUGAUGAUUGGCAUGUUUGCCUUCAUCAUGGUGGCCAUCUUGGUGAGCACAGUCAAGUCCAAGAGGAGAGAGCACUCAGAUGACCCCUACCAUAAGUAUAUAGAGGAGGACUGGACGGCCAAAAUACAGCAAAGUAACGUCAUCACCAACCCCACAGCUACAGACCGCAUUUAGAUACAUCAAUACAACAGAUAGACAACAGAGAAACCCACAUGGUUCUCAGACACACAGAUAAACAUGCAGAGACCAAAACUAACUACACAUGCAUAACUGCCUUGAUUACUACAAUUGGUUGGUUGUGGAUGUACUUAACUUUGUAUCAGAAUAAAGUUGUCUAAUGAUG